AUGAAAAAAAACAAUCGUUAAAGAAUUAACAAUGAUUCUUCCAUUAGAACAAGAAGUAGGUAGAAAUCCAUAAAUGAGAAUGAGGAAAAAAUAAGAAAAUAAAUCGAUGAAGAGUUUGAGAAACAAAAAUAACAAGCAAAAUUAUAAGUUCAAAAUUUACUUUAAGAUGAAAAUAGUUGUAGUAAAGCAGAUCUAAAAAAGGAGAUCGUUAAAGGAAGAGUAGCAGUAGAUGAAUGUUUUCUUUACAAAGCUGACUACCAUGUUUACGAGAUUAAUAAUCAAAUUUAUGAUUCUCUAUUGAACCAAACUAAUAUUGCUUCAGGUAAUAACAACAACAAAUUUUACAUAGCAUAAAUCUUAGAGAGUGAUAAAUAGCCUUGUAAGUCUUGUUAUUUUAUUUUAGUUAAGUACUAUUUUUUCACUAGAUGGGGCAGAGUAGGUUAAAAGGGUUAGCAUGCAGCAAAAGAAUUGUCUCUAUAAUCUUGUAUCGAUGAAUAUGAGUAAAAAAUUUAUGAUAAAACUGUUGCAGGUGAUUAUAAAAUUUUAGAAAAAUUCCUCAUUCAAUAAAAUACUGAGUCAUCUAAUGAAAUGGUACAUUAUGAAAAAUCGAUGUUGUAAAAAGAAAUUAAAAAUUUUCUUAAACUUAUUUAUGAUGUUAAAAUGAUGGAUAAAUAAAUGAUGGAGUAUUAAUAAUUUUAUUAAUUUCAGGAUUGGUUAUGAUUCUUCAAAAAUGCCAUUGGGAAAGUUAGGCAAUGAAACCAUAAAAAAAGGUUAUUGUAUAUUAAAGAAAAUUGCAGAAGCAAUAAAUGAAACCAAAAUAGCUAAAGCCAAAAAAAAAUGUUUAUUAGAAAGUUUAUCAUCUGACUUUUAUUCUUAUAUUCCUCAUAACAAUGGAUACUCAAAAUUAAAAUCUUUGGAUUCUAAUUCAGAUAUAAAAGAAAAAUUAGAAAUGUUAGCUUCUUUAGAGGCAAUUGAAAUAGCAACAAGUUUAAUCUAAAAUCAUAAUGGAAAUAUCUUUGACAAUUACUACUUUAAGUUAAAUUCAAAAAUAAAGUUGAUUGAUACAGCUUCUGCAGAUUAUGAUAUAAUUGAAAAGUAUGUUGAGAAUACUCAUGGAAGUACUCAUUCUAAUUACAAUCUAAAAGUAUUAGAAAUAUUUAAGAUUAAGAGGAAAGGAGAAAAAGAAAAAUUUAAGAAUUUUGGUAAUAGGAUGUUGUUAUGGCAUGGUUCAAGAUUAACAAAUUUUGUAGGAAUUAUCAGUCAAGGAUUAAGAAUUGCCCCUCCUGAAGCUCCAUGUACUGGAUAUAUGUUUGGAAAAGGUGUUUAUUUUGCAGAUUCUGUUUCUAAAUCAGCUAAUUAUUGUUGCACAUCACCUUCCAAUCCUGUAGGAUUAAUUUUACUAUGUGAUGUUUCACUAGGAAAAUGGUAGGAAAGAACUUAAGCAGAUUACGAGGCAAGCAAUUUAGAACCAGACUGUUAAAGUACAAAAGGCAUUGGGAAAAUGGCUCCUACUUAAAAUGUUUAAUUUUCAGAUUUCUAAGUUCCAAUAGGAAAAUUAGAGGAUUAAUAAAUUAAUAGUGAUUUGAUGUAUAAUGAAUACAUCGUAUACAAUGUCGACUAAGUUCAAAUAAAAUAUUUGGUAAAAUUAGAAUUUAUAUAUAAAUAAAAAAUAAAAUGA